GGUCAUGUGAUUAAUUACACGGAUGCGCGGCUGGUCAUGUGACGUGUCAUGUGACUGUCAGACCGUUGUUUGUGCCAGCCUCUGGUCGGAGAAGGGAAGAGAGUCAUCGUCGACAGUCAACAGAAUCAAAGCUCGUUUGAAUUGCAAUCACCGCGUGUCUGAAGUUUAGUCUGUUGGCUUGUUUGUUGAGAUUCUGUUUGAUUCUGUGCGUCUCGGAUACCUUCACUCGACUCGCAGUACUUUUACAAUCUCGCCCGUGCGAAAAGACAAGCAGGCUUCGAUUCUUGCAACGAUAUCCGCUAUAUCUCACACAUAGCACAUACAGCACAAUAUGAGUUCAAUGGACAUCGAUGCUCCCGGCGGCUUAAACGGACGAGGAGGGUUCAGAGGUAAACCCGGAAGACACGGAAGGGGAAGAGGCAGAGGAGGAUUCUCCAGCGAAGUUCGCGCACCAGCAGGGGAUCAAGCAUGGAACCACGAUUUCUACCGGCUGCAGAGCGGAGGCCCGCCCACCGGUCCGUCAUACAAGAAUCGCAGCAGACCCGGUUUCCAACAAAAGCCAGACCCGUUGGCUGCCAACGCGUUUGCGCAACGGAUAGGAAAAGUAGGCGGCUCUUCGUCAGCCAAGAAGCAGCUUACGACAGCGCAGCCUGCUGCAAAUGCUAGCAAUGCAUCUGCGGCGUCACGGAAAAAGACAAUUUCACAUCAGCUGGCGUCCAACCCGCUGUUUGCUGCUUUACAGGGCGAUCGGUCAAAGUUGCAAAAAUCAAAACCGGCACAGACAAAGCCGACACCGGCAAAGCCAGCACAAACGGCCAAGCCCGCGCAGCAGCAGCAGCAGCAGCAGCAGGCGCCAUCAGCCCCGCUAAACUCGGUGGGCAUCAAGGGAUUUGGCGGGAGCAGGCCAAAGGCGUCAGUGAACCGGACGUUUGAUAUUCGGGGAUUGAGCGGGAAGGCGUUUAUGAAGAUUACGAAUCUGGCGUCGGGAACGACGACGGACGAUAUUGGCGCGUUUCUGGAUAAACUUGGGGCGGAGGUCGAGAUCUGCGAGACGUUUGUGGAUGGCGAUACUGUUACUGUGGAGACGUUGUUUUUGGAUCGGGCGAGUGCGGAUAUGGUUGUUACGCAGAUUGACAAUGCACUAGCAGACGGCCGAGUGAUUCGUGCGGAAAUCAUUUCGAGCACGGCAGCACGUAUAAAGGGAGCAGCGCCGCCGGUGGUGCAAGACGGCACGAAGGGAUUUGGACUCUAUAGCGAUGCACUUAUCAUGAAGGGACGAGGGUUCAAGAGACAAUAAGUCAGGUGUACUUUUAUAUAUAGGCAGAGUUGAAAGGUUUAGAGUCGCUGUAACAGUAAGGAUAAUGAUCAACAAGUAUUAUGAUGAAUGAGGGUCUUUAUGAAAGUCGUAGAAGAGGAAGGUUAAGGGAUAAAUGCCACGUCGCAGGAAACCUUAAAGUACGCGUG